GUUUUUCGUUGUGGCGUCAUGCAAAAAAAAAAACUUUAAACUAAGUGAAAUUGUAUUGUGUAUUUAUUUUUUGGCCUUCAUUGGUAAGAAAUACCUAAUUAUAGCUAUACACAAAGUUCUAGAAAUCACCACUCCUAUUCACAGAUGAAAUGGGAGAAAUGGCGAAACAGUGGCUGACACAGAGGAGAUUGAUAUGGAUCUUUGUUUAUUACAGUGUUUAUUUCCCUGUUUGUCGGUAUCCCGAAAAGCAAGUCUACCGCAUUUCUGUUUAACCGUCACCAGUUGAUCCGCGACUCCAGUUAAUCUCGAACACCGGACACGCUGGUCUCAAUAAAAGAAGAAAACGAAUAUUAAACGAUGAGAAAACUUUGUGUUGUGGUACGGCUACUAAGAAUAAGUAUUAAGUUUGAAUCUGAAACGAAACGAAAACCGAAAGUGAACGCCUUGAAUUGGGUUUCCUGAGUUGUUGUUAUUGUCGUUGUUUUUCCUUUUACUAAGAGUCAAUCUGGGCUUCAAUCAGUGUUCAGUAUUUUCGUUUGUUUACAUCCUGGGUGUUGGUUUGAAGUGUUGAGGACAAAUAGAAAACUGGAUCUGAAUUCACUUGCUCUAAUAUGAAGAUCAGGAUAAAUGGUCACAUAAAUUUGGUCAUCAUGUAUGUUAACUCAGGGUUUUCCCUGCACUUUCAUAGGAAAGGGGUGGUGUUGGCAGUAUCUGACCAGUCUAAAAGGGGCAUUUCAUUGGUCAGCUACAUCAGAGAUAUUAUCUAAUGGUGGUUAAAAAUCUUUAUAAUGAUCUUAUAGCUGGAGUAUUACCUGCUCUGGAGCCAGCCGCAAGGAGUGAACCGUCAAAGAACAGAAAAUCCAAGGUUAACCCAGAAGUAGUAGUGUAUCUCCCACUAUUAUUAUUAGUAGUAGUAGUAGUAGUAGUAAUAGUAGUAGUAUGUUAAACUUGUUUCUGUCUUACCUCACUAUAUUGUGCAGUUGUUAAUAUUUAGAUGGUUAUUCCUUGAUUUUGAUAUUAAAUGAUUUUAUAAUAAUGUUAGUGCACUAUAGCAUUAAUAGAUCACCAUAAAACAGAACGCCUGCACUGUUCUUGCUGUCCUCAUAUCACAUUUGUAGGUAGACUAAAGGACUUUUCUAUAGGAAACAGCAGGCUAGAUGGAGCACAAAGAAACCUUAUUGCAAUAGCAAAGUUAUUCAGAACUAAAGCUGCUUUCCAAUAGCAGGUUGGUAAAAGUCAAAGCCUCUGGAGGAGACUCUGACAGCACAAAAACAAGAAUGUUGCGUUAGCACUCACCCUGCCUCAGCUCCACUUUUCCUCUUUCUGCUCUCAACACUAAAUGGAGGCUGAAAGGACUUUCACCUUGGCUGCCAUUUUCUCCUCCCAUCUGCAUUGACAGGAAAUAUUUUUUACCCAAAACUUUAUUAGCAAUUGCCAAGUAUAUACAGAACAUCUUAAUGCCAGGAAUAAAAGGGAAUAACAGUGGAGACAUACUAAAAGAAUAAUAACAGAACAAUAAUACAAAAUAAAUAUAAUAGAGAAUCACAACUUUACAUAACAUUUCUACAACAUAUCAUUCAUUUUAAUUGCCUCUUUGUUUGCAAGUACUUUGACUGUGGUGCUGCAUUGGUGAAGUUCUUGACAGACGUGAUUAAUAUGUGGUUUGGUGAAUAUGAUAUUUUCCCAGGAGCAGCAGAAGUUGAAUGAAGCAGGUGAAGUUUUUUUCCUCAAAACAUGAUACAGUGCCCUCAUUGAGUUAUUUGUUAAGUUUUCUGCCUAAUAUAAUGUUGUAAACAGUGAUGGGAAUAACAGCGUUACAAGUAACACCGUUACUAACGGCAUUACUUUUUUCAGUAACGAGUAAUCUAACUAAUUGCUAUUUCUAUCGUUACAACACUGUUACCGUUACUAACAAGAAAAAUGCGGUGCGGAUGCGUUACUAUUUUUUCCAUCUGUCUUCUGCUUACUGGGAGGUAGGAGGGCAAAAGAAUCGCACGAGUGCUGCUGAUUGGCUGGGUAAGAGUAAGGUAGUCAUUGGAAAACCAAUCGGGUGGUAGACUUGGGCAGAUGUUCACAUACAAACAGAUAGCACAGUAACAAAAGUCAAUGAAUAAUUCGAAGUUAGCAUUUUUUUAAGUGGAGGUACAGACAUUUUUCACUCAAAGAGAUAAAAGGCAAGAAUCUGUAUGUAAAAUGUAGCCUAUGCCAUGGAACAAAGUGCCUUUCCACAUCAGUUACAAGCAAUUCAAAUCUUACGAAGCUCAACGUCACAUGCUUCAACAAAACUGGUCGCCAAGAAUGAUGGUGUUGAUGCUAGCAGGCACAGCUCAAACCCAGGUGAGGCUAACAUGAGCUCAGCGAGCAAUGGAGAUGGAGUGACGCAAUCCAAGCAGUCUAAGCUUGAUUUCUCUUCUCCACAAACAUCUAUGACUGUGACACAGACUGAAUUAAACAAAUUGAUAGCCAGGUAUGUCGUUGAGAACAUGCUGCCUUUAUCAACAGUCGAGUCAGAUUCCUUCAAGUCUCUUAUUGCCAAGAUACCAGCAACAUUCACUCACACUAUGGCAUGUCCCACAAAAUAACAUCAACUGUGAUGGACAAUGGCUCUAAUUUUGUCAAGGCCUUCAAAAAGUACCAGCCAGUUUAGCAGGAUGACUCUGAGAAUGAUGAGGAUGAGGUAACUUUUACAAACAGUGUUGGUGAUGAUAAUGACAAUGAUGAUAAUGUAGGUGUGAUGAUCACUCUGCCGCCACACCAGAGAUGUGCAUCGCACACAUUAAGUCUUGUUUCUUGUAAUGAUGUUGACAAGUGGCUACUUUCACAAACAGAAACAAAGGCAGUAGAAGUGCUACCACAAAGUGAACAGGGUUAUGGAACAAGGCCAGUCGUUCAACAGUGGCUGCAGAGACAGUGGAUGGCAUUAUUGGAAAGAAACUGCUAGUUCCUUGCACUACAAGAUGGAAUUUAUUUUAUGAUUCCUUGCCUCAAAUCUGUGAGAUUUCUCUGGUUGAGCUGAACACCAUCUUCUCCAAGUUUGGGUUAACCGCCAUGACAGAGCGGGAACAUCAGUUCAUCAGGGAGUACUGCACUGCCAUGAGGCCACUUACAGUGGACCUGGACAUUCUUCAGGGAGAAGACAACACUUUUUAUGGGAUACUGCUACCCACACUGGAGACAUUGAUGUUUAAGACCCUGGAGUUGAGCACUGACCUGCAAAUUCUUGAAAAUCUUCCAGAGGCAGUCGUCACAAAAACAAGAUUUUCAGAGGUGUUGGAAAGUGAAGAUGCUCUCUUGGCUGCUGUGACUCUGCCCAAGUUCAAACUACAUUGGCUGCGGACACAGGAAAGGAAAGACAAGGCCAAGGCAAGUCUGCUGGCAGGGUGCCGGAAAAUUGUCCUUGACAAAGACCAGCGAGCAGAUGGCAGUUGGUUAUUUGUGAAUCGCCUAGGCCUCACCCAGAGAACCACCAUCGCCACUUCCAGGACAACUGGAUGGGCCUGGCCCUUUCCACACGCCAGGGAUCUUUAUGAUGUGGUGACUCGAUGGCUACAACCUGGUCCCAGGUAAAGGGAGGCUGAGCUGGCUAAGCUCGUGGUGAUGGAGCAAUUCGUGGAGGGACUGCAUUCAUUUCUGGUCCAUCAAACCCAUCAAAGAGGCAGAGUGGGUGGAGGUUAGGUGUGUGCAUGGGGACAUUCAUAAAUAUCUCAUAGUACUGCCAGAAAUGAACUACAAGGGCAAAACACAAAGAAUUUAGGCCAUGGUCAGAAUCCCACCUGAAAAGAAUUACCAACCAGCGCCAACACAGAGAGAUGGAAAAAAGGGACAAGGGAGCAGGCGCGCAGGGAGGACCCUGGGGCUGGAACACACAGGCAACACAUGUGAGGCAGAUCAAUGGAAAGAAAAGGGAAGGGGAGGGAGAGCCAAGUCGGAAAGAAUCAAGCAGCCUCCGGCCCCACUGCCCCACGUAUUCAGUGCCACUCUCGACCCACCUGGUGACAAGAGACAAUACAGGAAAAUAAAAUAAACCUCCAUAUGACCAACCCACAAGUCUCGUAACCCCUAUUCUCCCAGUUGAUCCAGCAACGUGACUCCCCAACAGCAUCCCAACCUGCCCUUAACACCUACAGAGAGUCCUACUGUGCAUUACAUAGAUAUAGUUAUGAGUUAAAUGUGUCAAUGUGUGCUAAACUAGUACUGUGCAUUAAAAGAAU